GGCUCCGCACCUGUACGCCGCCCACGACGACCUGGACCCCACCCGCCUGCACAAGCUGGCUACCGCGGAGGAGUUCUGGGACGCCUUCGGGGCUCGGUACGGCACCAGCAACCCGCAUCUGCUGCCGGCGGCCAACCAGCCCGUCGCUGUGCCCACCACCGUGUUUGCGGGAGAGCUAGACCGGCGCUAUACACGGGAGCAGAUCCACGCCUGGAGUCGGCACCUUUUUGGACCCCACAACUUCGUGUGGCUGCCUAACACUGGCCAUGACUACGUCGAGCGAGGGCAUCCUGUCUUGCUGAACACCCUUGGAGGCAUCCUUGCGGCCCUAUGA